CCCCGGGGGCCGGGGGGUGGGGAGGGGGGGCAGAUCCCGGCGCCAUGGAGCUGGAGGACGGCGUGGUCUACCAGGAGGAGCCCGGCGGGGCGGGCGCCGUGAUGUCGGAGCGGGUGUCGGGCCUGGCGGGCUCCAUCUACCGCGAGUUCGAGCGGCUGAUCGGGCGCUACGACGAGGAGGUGGUGAAGGAGCUGAUGCCCCUCGUCGUGGCCGUGCUGGAGAACCUCGACUCCGUCUUCGCCCAGGACCAGGAGCACCAGGUGGAGCUGGAGCUGCUGCGGGACGACAACGAGCAGCUCAUCACCCAGUACGAGCGGGAGAAGGCGCUGCGCAAGCACGCCGAGGAGAAAUUCAUUGAAUUUGAAGAUUCCCAAGAACAGGAAAAAAAGGACUUACAGAUCCGAGUGGAAUCCUUAGAGUCCCAAACCCGACAACUUGAACUCAAAGCAAAAAACUAUGCUGACCAGAUUGGCCGGUUAGAGGAGCGAGAGGCUGAACUGAAAAAGGAAUACAAUGCACUACAUCAAAGACACACAGAGAUGAUACAUAAUUACAUGGAGCACUUAGAAAGAACCAAACUUCAUCAGCUAACGGGGACCGAUCAGCUCGAAUCCACAGCUCACAGUAGAAUUAGAAAGGAGCGUCCGAUCUCACUGGGGCUCUUCCCGUUGCCCGCAGGAGACGCGCUGCUGACCCCGGACACCCAGAAGGGAGGAGAGACCCCCGGAUCGGAACAUUGGAAAUUCCAUGAACUAAGCCAGCCCCGCUCUCACACCAGCCUGAAGGAUGAACUCUCCGAUGUCAGCCAGGGAGGUUCGAAGUCUACCACUCCGGCCUCCACCGCUCCUUCCGACGGGGCCGCGCUCCCCGUCGACACCCCCCUGAAGGAGGAAAAUGAAGGCUUUGCCAAGACCGCAGAUGCACCGGGCCAGACCGACGCCAGCAAGCACAUCGACGUGCAGGCGGCCCAAGAAACAAGGACCGUGUCCACCGGCGCCGGUGAAAAUGAGAAGUCCGAAGUUCAAGCGAUCAUCGAGUCGACCCCUGAGCUGGAUAUGGAUAAAGACCUCAGUGGCUAUAAAGGCUCCAGCACACCCACCAAAGGAAUAGAGAACAAAGCCUUUGACCGAAACACAGAAUCCCUCUUUGAAGAACUGUCUUCGGCGGGCUCGGGCCUGAUCGGCGACGUGGACGAAGGCGCCGAUCUGCUGGGGGAAUAUUCUGGAAUGGGCCGAGAGGUUGAGAAUCUUAUCCUGGAAAACACUCAGCUGUUGGAAACCAAAAAUGCACUGAACGUGGUGAAGAACGAUUUGAUAGCAAAAGUGGACGAGCUGACCUGUGAGAAGGAUGUGCUGCAGGGGGAACUGGAGGCCAUAAAGCAAGCCAAGCUGAAAUUGGAGGAGAAGAACAGGGAAUUGGAAGAAGAGCUUCGCAAAGCUCGAGCGGAAGCUGAAGAAGCAAGGCAAAAAGCAAAAGAUGAUGACGAUAGUGACAUCCCCACCGCCCAGAGGAAGCGCUUUACUCGUGUCGAGAUGGCUCGGGUCCUCAUGGAGAGGAACCAGUAUAAAGAGAGGCUGAUGGAGCUCCAAGAGGCCGUGCGGUGGACCGAGAUGAUCAGAGCUUCGAGAGAAAACCCAGCCAUGCAGGAAAAAAAAAGAUCCAGCAUCUGGCAGUUCUUCAGUCGGCUCUUCAGCUCUUCGAGCAACACGUCGAAGAAGCCAGCCGAGCCGCCGGUCAACCUGAAGUACAACGCCCCCACCUCCCACGUGACCCCGUCGGUCAAGAAGAGGAGCAGCACCUUAUCCCAACUCCCGGGGGACAAAUCCAAAGCCUUUGACUUCCUCAGUGAAGAAACCGAAGCCAGUUUAGCCUCCCGCAGAGAGCAGAAGAGAGAACAGUACCGCCAAGUGAGAGCACACGUCCAGAAGGAGGAUGGGAGAGUGCAGGCUUUUGGCUGGAGCUUGCCGCAGAAGUACAAGCAGGCCGCAAAUGGGGGCCAGGGUGGUGACAAGAUGAAGAAUUUGCCUGUGCCGGUCUACCUCAGACCCUUAGAUGAAAAAGAUGCCUCCAUGAAGCUGUGGUGUGCAGUCGGGGUCAACUUGUCAGGGGGGAAGACCAGAGACGGAGGCUCGGUGGUCGGAGCCAGCGUCUUCUACAGCGACGUGGCAGCUCAGGAUGCAGAAGGCCCCAAGCGCCGCAGCGCAUCGCAGAGCAGCCUGGACCGGUUGGACCAAGAGCUCAAGGAGCAGCAGCAGGAGUUGAGGCAUCAGGAAGAGCUGUCCAGCCUCGUCUGGAUAUGCACGAGCACACACUCCGCCACCAAAGUGAUCGUCGUGGAUGCGAACCAGCCAGGAAACAUCCUGGACAGCUUCACCGUGUGCAACUCUCACGUUCUCUGCAUCGCGAGCGUGCCAGGAGCCCGGGAGACGGACUACCCGGCCGGUGAAGAGACGGCGGAGGCCGGCCAGGUGGACAGAGCCUCGCUGUGCGGCAGCGUGGCCAGCAGCAGCUCAGCGGAGGGAGACAGCUUGCUGGGAGGCAUCACCGUGGUGGGCUGCGCCGCCGGGGCGGGGCCGGGCCCCGGGUCGGCCCCCUCGCCCUCGUCCCACACCAGUGAAGCCUCCCCGGUGAUGGAAAAGCCGCCAGAAGCAGAACCGGAGGAAGGGACGGUGGAUGAGACCGUCCCCACGGCUGAAGAAGCCACCGAAGCUACAGAAGCCACGGAAGGCAAUCCAGGGUCCGGAGAAGAGAUUGCAGAUCUCAACCAGGCCGGUGUCUACACCGAGCACGUCUUCACGGAUCCCCUGGGGGUGCAGAACACAGAAGAGGGGCCCCCGAUAUACCAGACAAGUAACGAGGCAGACGGUUGCAAAGACCCCAGAUCGGCAUUGCCGGAUGAGCACGACCUGGUGAGGGAGGAAGCCCAGAAGAUGAGCAGCCUUUUGCCCACCAUGUGGCUUGGAGCUCAGAACGGAUGCUUGUACGUCCAUUCCUCAGUGGCCCAGUGGAGGAAGUGUCUCCAUGCCAUCAAGCUGAAGGAUUCCAUCCUCAGUAUUGUACACGUGAAAGGAAUCGUAUUGGUCGCACUAGCCGAUGGAACGUUGGCCAUUUUCCACAGGGGAGUGGACGGCCAGUGGGAUUUGUCAAACUACCACCUGUUGGACCUGGGACGGCCUCACCACUCCAUCCGCUGCAUGACGGUGGUUCACGACAAAGUCUGGUGUGGUUAUCGGAACAAAAUCUACGUGGUGCAACCCAAGGCCAUGAAAAUAGAGAAAUCGUUCGAUGCCCACCCGAGGAAAGAGAGCCAAGUGAGGCAGCUGGCCUGGGUGGGAGAUGGGGUGUGGGUGUCCAUCCGCCUCGACUCCACGCUGCGCCUCUACCACGCACACACCUAUCAGCACUUACAGGAUGUGGACAUCGAGCCUUACGUCAGCAAGAUGUUAGGUACCGGCAAACUCGGGUUCUCUUUUGUGAGAAUCACAGCGCUGAUGGUGUCUUGCAAUCGCCUGUGGGUGGGGACCGGAAACGGCGUCAUCAUCUCCAUCCCAUUAACAGAAACCGUAAUCCUCCACCAGGGACGCUUGCUGGGGCUGAGGGCCAACAAAACCUCAGGGGCCCCGGGCAAUCGGCCGGGCAGCGUCAUCCGCGUGUAUGGCGACGAAAACAGCGACAAGGUGACCGCGGGGACCUUCAUCCCCUACUGCUCCAUGGCCCACGCCCAGCUCUGCUUCCACGGCCACCGUGACGCGGUCAAGUUCUUCGUGGCCGUCCCGGGUCAGGUGGCCAGCCCUCCGAGCGCAGGUGGUGGCGGCGGUCCCGAACCGGCAAGUGACAAGCCAGGAGCGACCCAGGAGCCCUCAGGCCAGAGCCCUGCCAAGUCCAUGCUGGUGAUGAGCGGAGGAGAGGGGUACAUCGACUUCAGAAUGGGUGAUGAAGGCGGCGAGUCCGAGCUCCCGGGCGAGGGUCUCCCGCUCGAACCGUCCGUGGCCAAAGCCGAGAGGAGUCACCUGAUCGUGUGGCAGGUGACGUGCGGCAGCGAAUGAACUCGGGAGCGAGCAGCCGGAGAGGAGACCGGGGGCUCUUCUGCAUGGUUUUCUCCCCUCCCCCCACCUUUUUAUUUAAUAUUCUUUUUGUGGAAUCCGUUUCACUACAUAGCUUUGGAGCGUUUCUUCCCAUUAACCCCCCCGGGGCAAAAUCCGUCCUCCCAGAAGAGUCCGGCAGGCGCCGGCCGUCCCAGCGCACCGAGGUCACGGGUCAUUUCGGGGUGUGGUGGCCAACGAAUCCAAGAAGGUUGACUUUCUCCCCACUGGUGGGCGGGUGGCGGUGGGAACCCGCAACACCCGCCGCCUCCCAGUCGGAUGGAAUUCCCUCGGGCGGGCACAGUCGGGUUUUCGCGGUCACUAAUGAGGGCGUCCAGAGGAAAAGACACUUGAAGAGAAAACUUGUCCGUAUCACGUAGUAAAAUAGCUAAGGUCCUCCCAGUGUAUUAUAAAAUUGACACAAACUAAUAUCAGGUGGAUUACCAGGAUCUAUCCCAGCGUCCCGAGACAAACUGUAAAUUAUAUUAACCUCCACUUUCCAACCUGGUCAAUCCUGUUUAUAGAGUAUAUAAAAACUUUGUGGUUUUCAUUCGACACGGGCGGGGGGCGGGAUGGGUUUUGUAUUAAAGAAAUUAAGACUAAACUAUUUAAAUAAAAGCCUCCUGUUUCUGACCACCGAGAGCCGAGAGUUUAUGAGAGGUCUGCGGCCCCCACGACCCCCUCUCCACCUCGCCUCCGGGACGGAGGAUCUGGUGUACGGGAACCGAUCGGCUUCCCAAACCCUGGCAGGGGGUGAGGUUUUUCCUUCCGUGCCGCCCCACCCCCGGGCGCCCUGCCGUGACUCGUUCCCCCGAGAGCUCUCUGCUGUCCUACUGCGGUGUUGGGGGGCGGGGGACCCCCCGGAAAGACUCACCGAGGGGAAGGUCACAGAAGGGCGGUGUAAGGACCGUCUGCUCGGGCAAGACACUGCAGGAUCGGGGGGGAAGGACCCCUGGGGCUCUGGGUGUAGCCAGCACCCCCCGCCCCCGACUCCCCAAGUCUUCAAGUGCCACCGAGGCCCCAGCCCGACAGGCGAGCCGGCCCUCAGCCCGGACCCCCCGGGGUUAGAACGACGGGAUGCGAACGCCCCCUCAGCCACCCCCGCGGCCCGUGAUCGGUCAGUCGAUGGUCUUGGUUGAGUACUCCCUGCGUGUAGAGUGCUGUACUGCCUACCUGUAAGCGGACGAUGAGAAAGGAAAGGUAGAGACGAUCCUGCCCACGGGGAGCCUACAGACCCGAGGAGAGGCUCGCUUGUAAUGUCAUUUGCUUCCGAGGAGAGGGCCGGACUUAACUCUGGCUCUCUCUCUGCCAGUUUUAAUAUGGAGUGGCUGUAAAGCGGUCCCGGAAAAAGCGUGCCCCGUUCACCGAUCUCCUCCUGGGCCGUUUCGGGAAUCGGUGACUACCGAUGUAUGGGUUGGGGGUUUUUUGGCGGCAGGCCUCGGCACACCGACCCCGAAUGAUUCCCCCGCUUGAGAGGUGGGAAGGCAGCGAACUGUUCACCCACAGGGUCUCGGCCAGCGGCUUUCUCUUCUGUCCCUGAAAGUUACCCAACUCUACCCCGCUCUGUUGUUUUCUGUCGAAAAGGGCGGCAGAUUAAGUUUAACCUUUCCCCCCGCGAAGCCGUUAGAGCCCCUGCGAACCCGGUUGGUGAAAUGCACCUUUGGAAACACACCAGGGAGCAGAGCGGGGUGCUUGGGGGGCGCGGGGGGCAUGCAGCUCUUUUAGCCAAAUGUUCCCUAAGGGGAUCCACCUCCCGAGCCAGCCACCCUCUUCCCUCCGAGUGACCCUGCUCGUCGACCGGGCUUCCUUUCUCGGCCCGAAUCACUUGGGGAGAGGUGGGGCGGGGGCCUGAUGUCGAAAGCAUCAUUCCAGGUGUCCACGAGUGGACCCAGACAUUUCUGAAACUUGAUGGUGGAAAGGGGGCCGCCCCCAUCCUACACAUCCGAGCGCCGGUCUGAGCCGGCAGGGCUUUACGGGGGGUUUGCCCCCCGCCCAUUUUGGCCGUAACCAGGACCUGGCCCCGACUCAUUAACGAGGCACCCGGGGUCCCCACGGCCACCUCGGGAAGGAGACGGGCAGAGGGACGGAUGAUCUGGGCCAAAAGCAAAGGGUGCGAGGGUCCUCCCCGGGCAUGACCACGGCGGGGCAGAGAAGGGGUAAUGGACCCGCUCAUUCAUCCAAGCCCCCGGAUUCCGGUGGGGAGGAAGGAGGGCCUACUGAUAGCUGUCAAUCCGUGGUCAUACCCGUGGUCAUCACCGCAGCCCCGCGGCCCUCCUCGGCGGGGCAGCUGGAAGGGUGAGGGUGGCUAGAGAUCCAGGCCCCUUAUCACAUCCGUGGCUACCAAAUCGGUGCCGCUUCGGGCCAGUACCGAGGAUGGGUCCCUCGAGAGCCGCGGCGUGUUGGUUCCGUGGCCGUGCUUCAGGCCCGGAGCACGCGGCCCGGGGCCCGUCGGGGUAGAUGUGUAGAGCGGAGGCCCGGACUGCCAAUUCCGGUUCCCAUCUGCUCUGCUCUUCCCAAGUGGAGUCAGCUGGGGAGAGGAGAGCAGAUGCUCCGGCACCGACAGGCUUCCCCCCCCUCCCCGAGUGGGGAAACCCAGGGUCUUCUAGAAAGCCCCUCCUUCCCCGGGCAGGGAAGGAGGCGGAGAAGGUCGCUGGCUCUGGAAGUAUUGCUAGAGUUGCCAAAAGGUUAGGUCCUCCCAGACCUAGCUAAGGGCCCCCGUGUCCCCCCAUCCCACCCCCUGCCCCCUUAAAGGAGGAAGAGGAGGGAAGAGUCCGUGCAGUUUCCCAGACAGGGUGGCCACGCACCUCAGAGCCCGGCCAGGCCCCGGAGCGCUUUUCUCCGCUACUGCAUCUCUUCCUUCCCCUCAGACACGAUUCUGCCCCUUUCCCCUCUUUGCGGAUGCACACUUCUCUAUCGUUUAAGCAUUUUACGGUCUGUCAUUUUUUGAGUUUUUCUUCAACAUCUUCCCCUGACUCUACCCCGCCUCUGUAACCCGAGAUGGAUGCUAUAGCUGUCUGUUAAAAGUCGAGGCUUCGUAUUUGAGCAGAGCGUUCCCAAAUUGUAGUUAUUUCCGUAUUUAUUUCUAUUAUUGAAUCCUUGAGGGUUCAGAAUGUAACUUUGUACAUGGAAUAUAUAUAUAAAUAUGUAUAUGAAAUCA